AAAGGAAGAGCAAAGGUAGGCAGCAUGCUUCAGUGGAUAAAGCACAAAAUUAGGAAUAGGUCUGUGACCAAACAAGAGGAAAAGCAGGUCUCUCCCAGACAGGAGUGAUCAUCCCACCUGUCUCCAAUGAAAUUAAGCAAGCUGUCUUUGAUAUAGUGGACUGGAUAGGGGUAUGGAUUGCUCUGUGAACCCUGGAAGAGAAAGGCAGAAUUGAGCUUGAGUCGCUCUCUGCUCUUCUCGUUUGAGAGGACGUGUAAGGUAGAAUGGCUCGUGUUUUUGUGUAUGGAACCCUUAAAAAAGGCCAACCCAACUACCAGCACAUGAUAAAUGGUACCCACGGGAGAGCAAGAUUCCAAGGCAGGGGACGCACUGUGGAGAAAUACCCUUUGGUGAUUGCAGGAAAAUAUAACAUUCCCUUUUUGCUGAACAUCCCAGGAACUGGACACCAUGUUUCUGGAGAGAUUUAUUCUGUUGAUGACCAGAUGCUGCAAUUCCUUGAUGAAUUUGAAGGUUGCCCAGACAUGUAUCAACGUACUCCAGUGAGAAUUGUAGUAGUAGAGUGGGAAGGUAAAAGCAGUGCACCUGAAGAGAGGCCAGCUGUUAACAGCAUUAUGGAAUGCGUUGUGUACAGCACAACUACCUACCAGCCAGAGUGGAUAAACCUCCCUUACUAUGACAAUUAUGAUUCCUUAGGGAAUCACGGUCUUCAUUAUGUGCUACGUGAAAGUAGAGAUUAAAAAUGAAAGGUAACAAAAUGUAUUAAGAAAAUGUACUAAACAUGUCUUGAUCACAAGCCUCUCUCAAGUAAAUCUACAAUACUUUUAUUGAAGCACCUAAGACCUUUUGUAACCUUUCUAGCCACAAAAUCAUUGAUUCUAACAUCAUUACCAUAGAGAUACAGACUCUAAUGCCAAGCCUGGCAAAAUUUUACUUGUUCCCUUGGCCAAGAUGAAUAAUUGUUUUUGAUUGGUGAGUAAAAUACUUUGGGUUUGGGUUUUUUCUUUCUUUUGUAAAAUCAAGGUAAAAGGGCAGCUGAGUAGAAAGGUUCUUCACACUAACUGGCGAAGUUUCAUGUCAGGUUUGUAAAACUGGUAAAACAGUAGUGCUACUGCAAGAUAAUGAAAUAUGGCUGAUUUCAGUACAUUGGAAAAACAGCCCAGAUUACUGCACGACAAUCCUCAGUCAGUAUCUGUCUCAAAAGAAAACAAUGACAUCUAUGUCAAGUGAUAGAAAAAGUAGUAAAGAGAAUUAGAAAAUCCCGAAAAUAGAAUGAACUUCUCUGUGUGGUGUAACAAAUUGUACUGAAUUUUGUCUGUUAAAGCUAACUUGAUUGUAACAAUUGUUUGUAAGAUCCACUGGGUUUAUAAAAUGUAUUAGGAUAAAAUCUUGGGAAUGUACAGGAGUUAAAUUUAAAAUCAUGUUAUUUUGUCCCAUUAGACCAUCCCAGCACUUUUGGGGCCAUUACAGUCUGAGUAAAUGUGGGCUCAGGGACUUCUUAACAGCUGAUUUUAACUGCCCAGUACCUUUAUAGGACUGUUUUUUAGCAAAGUACUUAGUGAUAUAAUAGCUCAUAAGUCUGUAGGAAAUCUUUAAUGCAAAAAUCAAAUACAUGAAAAAUGAACUUUUUUUUUAAUUUUUGUUUUUUAAAUAUAAAAAAGGAUUGUCUUUUUCUUUUGCACUAUUUAGGCAAACACUUUUUUCUCUUGCUGCUUGUUACCUAGUAGGUCCUCUACUUUACAUGUAAUAUUCACAGAGCACAUGCUACAUUCAUUGUAUAAACCUGUCAAUGAAGGGAGGAUGCGUGUGUGUGAAAUGUUAUUCUACACAUUAGCCAAAUUACACUUUCAGUGAGGUUCCUUGCAUUGGGGCUACAACAUCAAGACAGUUUUUUUUGAGACUGUAUACCUGCCAUGUCUGCAGGUUCGGCUGAUUGCGGCUCACUGGCCUGGAGUGGUGAAUCACGGCCAAUGGGGGCGACGGGAAGUGGCGGCCAGCACAUCCCUCAGCCCGCGCCACUUCCUGCUGCCCCCAUUGGCCUGGGACGGCGAACAGUGGCCAGUGGGAGCCACAAUCGGCCGAACCUGCGGCUGCGGACAGGUAAACGAACCGUCCCGGCCCGCCAGAGGGCUUACCCUGAUGAGCCACGUGCCAAAGGUUGCCGAUCCCUGGUAUAUACUAUCUGAUGACAAUGGGAGAUUUUCACACUGAUCCAGGGAAGAAUAUAUUUUUAUUUAAUAAUUGUAACACUGUUGUAUGCAGAAUCACAUGGAAAAGUUAUACAGGGUACUUUUAAACAUGCCACUAAGAUGGAUAGGGCUUUUAUUUCAGGCUGCCUGACACACUGAGUCAUAGCUAGGUUUUCUUCAAAACUGUAAGGGCUAAAAAUAUUUUUACUGAAACUUGGAAGAAUCUUGCAUGGUUUCUUGCUAAAUUUCUUAAGCAGACAGUUUUAUCCCAUACUGCUGUAAAACUAGGACAUUGGAAUGGAUACACUGUUGAAUAUUGAAUUAAGUAUAGUGAUGCUUGACAAAGUAAAGUGGUCUGAGUAUAGGACAGGGAGGGGGUAUGUCUACAUUACAAUCUUAAGUCGAUCUAGGUUAGUAAUUACUGUGGUGGCUGAUGUCCACACUACUCACCAGGAGCACUUCCAUCAAGUGAAGAGCGGCAGUCAGGUGGGUGGAGACCCAGGGCUCCCAGCUCCCCAGUAGGAUCAGGGAGGAAGCCAUGCCCAGAGUCCAGUCAGGGAACUGAGAGCUCAGGGGGAGACAGCUGAUGUAAGUGUCUACGUUGACACUGUGUUGCCCUAAUUACACUGCCAUAAGCCCUAUGCCUCUGGUGGAGGUGCAGCUGGAGUUGUAGUAGGUACCCCAUUGGCCAGACAAGGCUGUAGUGUAGACAGUGACAUAAUUAGGUUGACAUAAGUUGCCUUAUGUUGACCUAACUACAGUGUAGGUUAGGGUUUAGUCAGGAUAGGAUUCAGGCCUGCCUGAAUUACGCUUUCUGUGGUUUUAGACAAAUCACUAAGGGCUUGAGGUAGAAGUAACUCAGAAAUCAAGGACAUACCCUUGGCCAAACUGGAGAUAGCCCCGUAGUAAGGUUCUAACGUCACUUUCACCCUGAAAUGAAAAUACCUCUUGGCUCAAACACUUCAAGCAAAGUGGGCCUUUGGGGAAAAUUUCUAGCUGAAAAUGAAAGUCAAGGGGAUUUAGGUACCUAAGUCACUUAAAUAAUUUUGAAAAUUUUACCCUUCUCCAUUAUGGAGGGGCCACAGGCAUGCUAGAUAGGAGGAGAUCUUUCUAGUAAUUGUCUAUAGUAGUCAACCAUUAUACUAGGAGAGAAACUGGUGGCAUUUCUACCCAAAGCAAAACAAAGUACUACUACUGCCCUCCUAGGGACUUUCUUGGGUAGCAGUACAAUCCAGAGCAGGGCUGAUGACAGAAUUAGGCUCACAGGAUAAACACUUGGCCUGAGACUGCAGCAACCAGGUUUGUGGGAGCUGCACACAGCAGGCUUAGGGUUUAAUGCAUUCUUGUAACUGGGGGUGGGGUGGGGUGGGGUGGAAAGAAACCUCUGCAAAACUACCUGAAGUGAAGCUUCAGCUCCAUGGUAGGCAGUCUUUAAAUGCGGGACCUGUUUACUUUCAGGGUGAUCUCUGCCAUUCAAGAGAGAGUGGUUACUGACCUUUCACCAGCAGCACCCCUAUCUACAGCGGCAUGUUAGGACGCUGGAGAAACUAAAAUUAGUUUUGGAAUAGAGUAUAAACAAAGAUCCAACUUCAACUGAUGAUUCAAAAUAGUUUCAGAUUUUGUACAACUUUCUUUCCCUCUGGUUAUCUGUAAGUAAAGUAAUGCAAUUCUUAUACUGCAGCUUUACAAGAACAUGUUUAAGCAGAGCAUAAGUUACCAUUUUGGUAACCACUUUCAGUGAACACUCGGGCUCACACUUCCUUUUGCCUGCAGUAGACAGUAAUCACAAAUGUAGAACAAAUGCUCUUUUGUUUUAAAACAAAUUGAAAAUGUUCUGCACAAAAUACACCGGAUGACCACCUCAGCUGGUCUGAGGCUUUAGACGUGUGGGGGGUUUUCACCAGGACUCACAGUUCUUUCAGCUUUGGAAGAACCACAGUAGGUUACUGGAGACACACAAAUUCAUUUUUACCAGUCAGGAAUAUAGACUUGCUUCUCUUCCUUUAUAGCAUCAACCAAUGAUGGACUAGGUUUAGAACAGGGGUCGGCAACCUAUGGCACGUGUGCCAAAGGUGGCACAUGAGCCGAUUUUUUAUGGCACGUGGGGCGGGCUGAGCCGCUCAGCCCGCCACUGCUCUGAGGUUCCGGCUGCUGGCCCCUUGCCAGCUGCAGCCCCACUCACCUCGCUUCUGGUUGGAGUUCCAGCGCAGGCCCCCUGACAGACAGGCUCCAGGCCUCUGGCCCUGCUCAGCCCUACCAGCCGCCAGCUCCACUCACCUCAGCUGCCGCUCUGGGGUUCCAGCCAGUUAAUAACUGAUCACUCAGACGCCUGUGUGCAGCUUAAAGUCUCCAAAUAUGUGCCACCAGACAUUGGAAAGCUCAGCAAGGGCAAGGAUCACACUAAACUGAUAAGAUCUGCAUUUUAAUUUAAUUUUAAAUAAAGCUUCUG